AUGAACUUUUUGCGAAGCAGAAAAGGAGGUGGAGAGGGGGAAAGCACAAGUAACACCCCCGACGGGGAGAAGGAAGAAAAAAAAAAAAAUUUCCUUAUAGUUGCCUUCAAUUAUGUAAAGUACAUUUUAGAUAAUAAAGUUAAGAGCAAAUACAAAUACUCCUUUUUUAUGGGAUUAUUUAUAAUUUUUUUAAUUUUUAAUGGAUUUUUUCAAAUGUUACAAGAGUUUUAUCACACAUAUUUUUACAAGUUCAAAUAUAUUGAUGUAUCGGAUACGGACAAGUUGAAGGAAAUAUUUUUCAGCAAUAAGCCCUACUUGGUGUACUGCAAAAAUGAUAAACAGGAUAUUAUUCAUCCUGCUAUUAAUGCAAGCAGAUCAAGUUUUCCAGAUAUUCUAAACAUUGCAAUUAUUAACUGUAAGAGCUUAUUGCCUAGUAAGCAAACUGUCUAUGAACGUUUUUCUAUGGAUCCUAAUACCAAGGCCUUCAUUGUUUGUUACGGAAGAAAACCCAAAGCAAUUACACUCACCAUUAUGGAUAACAAAAAAAAAUUAGUAUCCUUUGUCAGAGAAGCAUUAAUAUUCAGUGUCCCAUUCUUUUCAAAAUUCCCACAAUUCCAAACGAAAUGUUUAAAUAAAAAUAAGAAAUGUAUUCUCUUCAUAUCUGGAAUUCAUAUGACAAAUACCAGUAUAAAGUACAAUUAUAUUAAUGACAUCUUCGUGAACAAUAAAUACUUUGAUGUAAGCCCCAUGAUUAUUGACAACAGGAAGUUCUUAGUGAAAUUGAGUGAUGAGGUUUUUUCUUCUUACAACAAGAAAAGAGAUAUCCAUGUUCUUUGUCUUUUUAAUGAAAACGAAGCAGAGGUUGAUAACUACUAUGGAUAUUUUUACAAUGACGACUUUGAGGAAUUCAACAAGUUGUCUUCCUUCGUUGCCAACUGUAUGAAGGCCAGCAGUAAGAGCUCUGAGGUUGUGAAGCUCUCUGCUGUCCCGCAAAUUAAAUACAGAACGGGUAAGAAGAAGUGA